AGGAGGUUCAAAGAAAAGAAGUUGGGUUUGGGAUCAUUAUACAAUCUUACCUACUAAAUGCGGAUCAAAAGGCCAGUGUAAUGAGUUGACAAAAGAAGGCACAAUGUGUAAUCAUAUUAUUAAAACAGAUGGUAGUACUGGAAAUUUCAGUUAUCAUCUUCAAAGUAUACAUGGAGUUACGAAGUUCGGCAAAUUGAUAUUAGAUACUUCUCAUCUAUCAUUUGAUGAAAUGUUUCGUCAACAGUUUAAAAAUAAUGUUGAAUAUAAAAAGCAAGUCGAUGAAAUAGUAACUGAAUUUCUCAUAUCUGAUUCGCAGUCAUUUUCUAUUUUAGAAAAUCCAGCAUUUAUAAAACUUCUAAAAAAACUUAAUCCAUAUUAUGAAACACCUUGUGAUAAAGGUAUUAAAACUCGAAUCUAUAUGUCUUAUGAUUGGAUGAUAGCUACUCUUAAAGAUAAGAUAAAGAAUUCAAUGA